UGAGAGGUUGACAAGAUUGGUGUCGCUAGAAUUGAAUGGUGCGAUAGUGUCAUGCUAUAUAAUCAAUAACACCUAUUUAAAUAUGGAAGAAGAUUUGUCAGGUGAUGUAGACUUUGACUUUUUUGAUUCGCCUGUGAAAACGAAAUCAUCGAAAUCACCAUCACCUAAUCCGAUCGUCUCAAAUGAAAAUCUUGAGUCAAAAACACCCACGACUCGGUUCGAGAGUUCGGUAACUGAGACAGUCUCCAUAAGCAAGGAAUCUCCAAACCAGGGGUCUCAGAGCAAAGAUAUUUUUGUUGAUGCUGCCUCCAAUGACAAUAAAAAUUCUGAAACUUCACAUGCACGCCGGUUGUCGUUGGAAUCAUUAAGUGAAUCGGACUAUGCAAAAGAGUAUUCCGACAGUUUCAGUGAUGUUUCUUCAGUUGAAUCGGCGGAUGUCAAGAAAAGCGGAUCAUCUAGAAGUCGUUCAUCUUCUGCAUCGAGUUCAAGAUCCAGAAGUUCAUCACGGGAAUCUUAUUCACAUAGUGAAAAUUCAACUAAUUCAAGUAGGGAUCAUGAACGGAGUUCACUCCAAAAGCAGUCAAAAUUAAAUUGGCAUAAUGGUGAUACAGCAGUUGCAGUAUCAUUUUCGGACCAAGAUGCCUUAGAUGGUUCGGGGGAAAAAACAAGACAGAAAGUUUCUCAAAGAUCAGAACCGAAUGUUUCGCAAAGACCAAGUACAGCACAUCAUAAAUCACGAAAACCAAGACAGAGUGUCCAGAAACAAGCUUGGGAUUCCAUACCAGUAAAAAGUGAAGACAUUGAGCAGAAAAAGAGAAAAAUGUCACAGUAUUCUGAAUAUAGUGAUGCGUCAUCUCGAUCAGGCUCUUCUUCCGACAGUGACAUGACUGAUGUCUCGCCCUUAACAUCACCUAGAAACAGUCCAAAUAAAAAGAAACUACAUGUACAGGUGCAAUACAAACAGAUGCCACUUAAUGAUGACAGUGAAGAAUAUGAACAGAGAGAAGUGACUGGAAAUGAAGACAUUGAUCUCAGUAUUUUAAUGAAAGCUCUUUGUGAUCAUGAAAAAGAAAAGCAAGUUAUGGCAAACAGAAGAAGAGUCAUGUUUGCACCACCUAAAAAAGCUGACGGACACAACUUCACAUUUAGUAAUGACAGAGCAACUAUUAUAGACAGAGAAAAUCAAAGAUUGCUAAAUCAGCUUAUGCAAAAUGUAAACCCACAGCCGAAACAGAGGCAUUCUUGUGCAAGAUAUGUAUUUACACCUCCUCAACGAAUAACUUCUUCGGCUGUUAAUAGAAAAAGAGAGCAGCAAAGAAUUGAGAUGGAUAACAUGGCAAUGCUUCGAAGAUUACAGAAAAUCACCCCAUCCAAGGGAAUGUCACGCAAUGAACAGGUAAAGGAAUUUGAGAAGACCACUCUUUAUGGUGUCCCAGUAGCUGAUGUUCCACACCGAAAAAGAGUUCCGUCCGGUUUGCAUGCUUCCAGUGGUCUGAGUCAGAGGUCACGAAGCAUGAACAGUGUCAACAGUACUUCAACCAUGGGAUCUCGUCGGUCUACCGCCUCUAGUACCAAGAGGAAAACUCUCAUAGAUCCUAGACCUCAGUGGUGUGACCGGUGGUAACACGGUGACAGGGAUCUACAUGUUAUAAAACAAGAUGGCGCUUUAAUUAUACAUGUCCAUCAGUGACUUUUGAUCAUUUACACCUUUCUUCUCUUAGUGAAGAAAUUCAGAAAGUGUUGUUGUUUUUUACAAUGUAUCACAUUUAUUUUCAUAAAGUACAUCAACAAUAAUCACAAUGAAUGCAAGUUUAAAAAGCGAUAUUGACAACUGAAGAAAUAAAUUAAAACUGGAUUUCCCAUUUAAUACAGACUGUAAAAUUAGGGUAUUUUUCUAUAAAACUCAAUAUAAAAACAAACAACAUAAGAUAUUCAUUCAGCACACAUUUUAAUGUAGAGAACAUGACUUGCCAUAAAGUUUUUUCAAAAGAAAGUGACUACCACUUAAUGUUUAUUGUGUUAUUGGUUUUAAGCUUAGUAACAGUGGUUAAAACAAUUUUGUGAGCCUGGUGAAUUUUGUAGAAGUACAGUUUUGUCUACUUUAUUGAUUAUGUUCUUACAUGUCUCUUUAUGUAAAAACAAAAUCAUGUGUUAAUUAUUCUUGUAUGGAGGUAUUCGAUUCCAGGUUUAGCAUGUCAGCAAUAUAUUUGCAUAAGAAUAGAUAUAAAUAUAUUAUGUUUUAGUUGGCAAAAAAUAUUGUAAGUAAUAUUCAUAUCAUUUAACAGGCAAUGAUUUUAUUGAAUUAUUUUGAUUGUUGUGUAAUUACUGUGUGGCCUUACUAAUACAAAAUAUCCUCAUUCUACCCAUCCGUCAUCAUUUUGUAAUUUUUAAAAGUAUUUUUAAUUUUUAAAACAUUUAUUUUUAUGAUUUGUACCAACAUACCUGUACAAACACAAUACUUUGUUAUGAUAGCUUUGACAUGUUAGCACAAUUCCUCACCCACCGAUAGCAUUAAUAACAUUUUAAUGAUGGUGAUUUAAUAGGGUGUCCAAAAUAUCAGGUGUGCAGAUUGUAAAUUGUGAUAUAUUUUCAGCUCUUUUUGUUUUCUUUCUUUUUUAUGCACAGGGAGGUGGAGUAGGGAAAAAUAGAAUACUCAUCUAGCUAAACACAAAAAUAUGGAGAUUUUAUAUUUUAAUAUGCACUUCUCAAUUGAGCAGUGAUACAUACAAAUAAAUUACCAGGGCGUUAAUGCCAACUGGUAUUAUUCUUGUUUGGUUUUAACUUCAAGAGCAGUGUGUGAUGGUGUGACAAGCUUCAGCAUAAUGGGGGGGGGGGGGGGGGGGGGGGGGGGGGGGGGGGGUUAAUAAAAAAAUUUAUAUAUAUAUCCCUGUAUUUUAGUAAAACCAUGACAUAUUAUAUUAUGACAUUUUCCAUCUGUCCACUAGCCAAUAUGUUUCAUAGUUAGGUCAGUGUAACCUAAUUGUCAGGUUCCUCUAAAAUGUGUAUAUGUCACAGGCAAUUGUAGGAUUUAUAUUAUUUUUAUAUUGGUUUUUGUAUAGUGUUUGUGUAAUGUUUUCAUUAAAACAAGUUAUCAUAUUGAUAUUUAUGAAUAAACAACCAUCAUAAUUCAUGACAAUAUUUUGUGUUGGAAAACAAAUGUACAUCAACUUUGAGAAAUGUAUUAACAUGUAUGCUGUGUUUGAAUAGUUUUCUGCUGUGAUAAUCUAAAUGUGUGCUAUAUGUAUAGAAUACUUAAUGUUCUACGUUCAUGAUGUUAUGUGUGAUAAUUUAUUUGGCACUUUUUACUGUAAAUGCCAGUAAUUUUGAUAUCAUCAGCUUAUAAACAAAAAUCUGUCGGUGUCUCUCUGUCUUUUUUAUUUGUUUUAAAUUGAGUUUUAAUUUAUUUUCUUCUUCCAGAUUAGUGUAGAAUAUACCUUGAAGACGAGGUAAUUUUGAUUUUGAUACUGAGGUUGAUGUAUUAAUGUGUCUAAAUUACUAGUAUAUUAAACUGUAUUGGUUGGGUUGUAUUGUGUCAUUUUAAAAGCCAUUUGUAUCACGACACUACAUGUCUGUAGUGAAUACAUUGCCAGUCAGCUUUUGAAUGUUUAUAGUAUGAUGAACAUUAUAGUUGAAUAGUUGAAUGCCAGUUCUUUCAAAUUACUUACUAGUAUACACAGAAUUAAAGGCACAGUAACACUGAUUGCAGGGUUAAUUUUCGUCCAAUACUGGAAAAAUAUAUUUACCUGAUAAAAGCUAAAAAAGAUCAUCUCUAAAAUAUUGCCUAAAUUGAUUUGUUGUCAACACUAUAUUUUGAAUCAUUUAAUUACAAAAAUCAAAUUGUACUGCUAUUGAAUUAUUUAUUUAUUGUGCAUUCAUGUAGUCCCUCGUCUGACCACAAUAUCCAUAUCACUUUUUUUUUGGUACAUAUUUUGGUGCAUUUCAACUUUUUUUUUAACAUAUUAAUUUUAUGAUCUGAUGGUAUUGCGAAGUAUUUCAAGUUUGUACUAUUUGUGUUGUUCCAAUUAAGGAAGAAAAAUCAAACUUUGCUGUCUGUUAUGUAAAUAUAGAUGAAUGAUCUAGGCUUUUGGAGAGCAUUUUAUAUGUAUAACCAAAUAUUUGUUUAGGUAGGUGUGCAGUUAUUCUCCAGAAUUUGUUUUGCUUUGUAAAUAGUUGUGCCAUUGGUUGUGUAUACGUUUCAUGUAACAGAGCAAACAGAGAACAAAUGAUGUUAUAAAUAAGAAUAUGUAUAUAUAAAAGCAGUUUUAAAUUUAAAAAAUAUAUAUAACAAUACAAAUAUGAAUUAAUCGAGGGUGAAAGGAUAGAUUAGGCAUUUGCUUCCUCUAUCAUCGAUUACUUCUUGUAUCGCUGGUGGUUUUCCCACGCUCUGUAGUUACGCAUGAAUGUUAGCACAUCUUAGAACAGUCAAUAUAUUGCUCAACAAUUCAGAAAUUACCGUAAAUGUAGUCAACUGUACUAGACAUUUGUCUUUGACAAAAGCAUGUUUGUUGUUCUGUGCCUUAUUCUUCAGUGCAUUCGAUGUUGUAAAAUACCGUACCUCAGCCUCCAGUCAGACCUCAUGGGUGUCCAGUUUAUUUAAAGGAGGGGCAGGAUUUAGCGCAGUGGUAGAGCACUCGACAUGGUCGACCAAUUAAUUCUUCACGACUUAGAUUGAAGUUGGGUACCAGUAUGCGGUCUUUUCUGUUGAAUAUACCAGUGUCUUUAUCCAACAGUAGUUGCCUAUGUGGUUGCUGCAGAUCUCUUCUCUAUUGGCUAGGCCAAAUGUCACACAUCCUGAUACAUUAAACAUGAAAUUCCCUAUUAAUGCUCUUGGAAGGCUAUAUUCAUUUGUCCCAAAUCUGUUUUAUUUAUUUGAAAGAGAUGUAAUUUCAUUAGUUAAAGGGUAACCAUUAUAUACAGUUUGGACUUCCGUUUUUUUGGAGAAGAAUAUAAACUCAAAGAUUGCAAUCUAUUUCCCCCGUUAUUUCAAUAGCAAUUGAUAGCAGUUCAAUUUUGAGUGGUUGAAUAAGUUUUAAUCCACAAUGGUCACUUGCCGCUGGGGAUCAACCAGUCAGUUUAAGGAUCCGCGGGGCCUGUAGCACAAAUAACAGCGGGGCCCUCUUCCCAUGAUAUAUAUUUUGCAACCCCCUGUAGUCCUUCCCACAGGGAACACCUUUUUUCAUACUAUGGAAUUUGCACACAAAACCAAACUGCGAUUAUUUACAAAAACCCCCACAUUUUUGUAGGAUGGGGACGGACUACAAGUUAAAACACAACAAAUCUCUCUUAAUAUCAAUCUGGCAGGCCAAAAAAAAAAAAGGUUUCUUACUUAAAAUGUAAUAGACUACCUCUAACAAAUUGCUUCAGUAAUGUGGUACUGAUCAUAUUUUUGUACAACUGGAUAGACUACAGUAACUUGUGUAUAGAUAGAAGUAAACAAUGAACUCCGAUUUUAGAAAACGAACUUGGUGGUAGCACUGACAGCAACUGCUGUAGUUAAGAUAGAAAUUGCCGUCGGUUGAAUGGAUAUGCUUGGUUUUUAAUUUUGUGUUUUUCCAAAGUUACCAGCUUAAAAUUGUUACAAGACGACUGAAAAUUGGCAAAGGUGAGCAUUUUGCCUGUGGCAAAAAGCUUUCAGAAUUGCUGACGGUAAUACAUUCUUAUGUUUGAGUCUGAAUAAUUGUCAGAUUCAUGUAUAUUCUUUUAUCCAGCACAGUAGUCAAACCUGCUCAGUCACCUGUCUUUAUAGUUCACCUUAUAUAAUAUAAUUGACCAUUGCUCUUAAAAGUUAACUUUCUGAUAGUCACGCUAAAACUAGGCAAAUAGUUUUGGGGUUUUUUUUUUUUAUGAAUUUGUAGUAAAUUAUGAGGAUAUGAUAUAGUGUAUACUAGUAUUUUCAUUUCAGAUAAAGGCUAUUUAAAAAAAAAUGAAAUGAUUGAAAAUCUGAUAUUGGUUACUUUUGGGAAAAAAGGACCAUUAAAUAGCGACGUAAUUUGUGAUAUUUUCCUUGGCUGCAUAUGUGUAGUAACAUGGGGGGGGGGGGGGGGGGGAUGAUGUGGAACAGUCACAAAUUGUAUAAAAUCACUUCGCUAUAUUACACUAAAUUUGUAACUUAUACAUUGAUAAAUUCACAAAAAAUGGCAAACAAUUUUUAUAAUUACAAACAACACUUCUAUUUUAUUGACCUGUUUUACAUAAUGAUGUAAUUGUUUAAGGUUUAUCAAAGGCUAACAUUAAGUUUUUUAAUGAUGUCAUCCAAUCAGAAUAGAAUAAAUGUCAUAACCGUGGGAAAUUUGUAAUUAUAUAAUUAUGAAUAACGAUGUCAUCCUUGUUUUUUUAAUAAAGUUUUGAAUAGGAAUAACACUUUUCACUCAUUAUUGGGAAUCAACUAUACAGUAUAAUAAAUUUAAAACUGUUAGCUAACAGGUAAUUUUAUAAUAAAGUUAACUGUGUUUGUACUGCCUUAUGUGGCUCCGUCACAGGUUCGACUGGACAUAAUUAAUGUGAAUGAAAAAUGGAAGAUAUAUUAUGUAAUUGUGAUAAUUUGUUAAUAAAUAAAAAUAAGACAUCUGAAA